AGCUAACAGCAGCUAGCCGCGGAGAACAGUGCGCUUGGUCACGUAGACAAUGUAGGAUCCGUUGUUAGCGCGCCCUCUGCUGGAGGAGCGGCAGCUGCAUCCCUGCUUUUACGCAAUUAGACUUAUUUAAUAUUUGUAUGAGAAAUGAAAGUAGGUAAAGUUAAUAGAUUGGUCACGUAACCUGUUAAUGAAGCAGAAUUAACCUAAAAACACGCAUAACUGUUCUUCAUAGAAGUGGUUUAGUUUUUUUAUUCCCUGGUUUUGAAAUCCCUUCAAAUGUAAAGUUUUAUUGAUUCCCACUUCCACAUAUGGUGUUGUUAUGUAUUGUAACGUUUACAGUGCUCCUCAGACAGACUUUGAUAUUAGUGUUGAACAAAGGUUAAAGCCAGUCAUGAAACUACUAUAACGGUAAAGAAAGGGAUCAUUGCUACUGAGGAAACCCUGGAGGUCAAUCUGAGAACUCAGAGGUCGUCUCCACAGCUGGAGGUGGAUCCAGGUUAACCGGCGAUUUGGGUCUUUCCACACAGGCGGAACCAGAACCUUCAGUCAGGCCUGAUACCAUAACAGAUUUUAGUGGAUGAUACAAUGUCCCAGAAAGUUUUGCUAUAAGACACCGAUAAUAUUGUUUAUAGCAAUGUUAUUGUUACAGUAAUAACAAUAACAUUGAGAACACAUUCUCAAAGAUCAAUAAACUUCAGGGUUUCCCUCAGAAAACCUGCUCAGCCCGGCGGUCGACGCGCCGAGGCGUCCGCCAUGUUUUUGUAGUAAAACAUGUAAAGUUGACAGGAAAAUAAAAGUAUUGUUGGGUAAUUAUAUGAAAACAUGGCCAGUGAAACUAUUUAAACCCAAAACUAGUCUUAAAAACAACACAUCAAAAAGUACAAUGAAUCAUAAUUAUUAGCAUUUCUGUUUAAUCCAAAUAAAGUCAUCAGGGCUUCUGGGGCCAUAAAUGAUAACACAGACCACAAAUAUAGAAAUGUAACAUUUGUUUAUUGAGAUGAUCAGUGCUGCUAAUACAUAGAUUGAAAUACUUCAAAUAGUUUAAACAUUUAAAUGUAAGAUUCGGGGGGUGUUGUGUGGCGCAGAGGUCAGCAGGGGUCAGCACGCCCCACGUUUGGAGGCCUCAGUCCUCAACGCGGGUUUGACUUCUGGCGACCUUUGCCACAUGUCUUCCCCUCUCCUCGCCCUCUUUCCUGUCUGCCUACUGUCAAAAAUAUGAGCCGCAAAAACUCUUUGGAGAAAAAAAAAUGAUAAAAAAAAGUUUAUAGCAGCUGACAAGUUUGUAAAAGAUUGUUUUUUUUACCAUAGCAACAAUCUGAUGCUGUGAGUUUAAUCUUUGAGUUUGAGUGGGUUGUUGACAAGUACAAAUUAAUAAACUGUAAUUAUAACUGAUUGUUUUUAGGUUGGCCAGUUAAUCUGCUUUAAUCUCCCAGAUUAAAACCAACAGAAGCUGUUAGAGGUUCUGAUGUUUUAGCAUGCAGCCUUGGACCGGCCCUGCAGGAUGAAAGCGACUACAUAGAGCUGCACAACCAGAGCUGAUGCGGCGCUUUAGACUCCUACCUUGAUGUAGAAUUCUCCAAAGAAUCAUGAUUCCUCCCAGGGGGUUUGAUGGAAACAUCCUCACAGGUCGGCCAGUGUCCAGUUGGAGUGAAAGGAGGAGCGCGACCUCUGCUGAGGACAACGUGGAGCGUGUGGACGCGCUGCACCUCUCUCCAGAGGAGUUCAUCUCGCGCUUCGAGCGCCCCUACAAACCCGUCGUCCUCCUCAACUGCCAGGAGAGCUGGCCAGCUCGGGAGAAAUGGACGCUGGAGCGCCUCAAACGCAAAUACCGCAACCAGAAGUUCAAGUGCGGCGAGGACAACGACGGCUACUCUGUCAAGCUGAAGAUGAAGUAUUACGUGGAGUACCUGGAGUCCACGCACGACGACAGCCCGCUCUACAUCUUCGACAGCAGCUACGGCGAACACGCCAAGCGCUGCAAACUGCUGGACGACUACGAGGUGCCGCUCUUCUUCAGGGACGACCUGUUCCAGUUCGCUGGGGAGAAGCGCAGACCGCCGUACAGGUGGUUCGUGAUGGGCCCGGCCCGCUCCGGCACCGGGAUCCACAUCGACCCGCUGGGCACUAGCGCCUGGAACGCCCUGGUGCAGGGCCACAAGCGCUGGUGCCUGUUCCCCACCAACACGCCGCGCGAGCUCAUCAAGGUGACCCGGGAGGAGGGCGGCAACCAGCAGGACGAGGCCGUCACCUGGUUCAGCGUGGUCUACCCCCGCACCCAGCAGCACACCUGGCCGCCCGACUUCAGGCCGCUGGAGGUGCUGCAGCGGCCUGGAGAGACCGUCUUCGUCCCGGGCGGCUGGUGGCACGUCGUCCUGAACUUGGACACGACGAUCGCCGUCACGCAGAACUUCGCCAGCACCACAAACUUCCCCAUCGUCUGGCACAAGACGGUGCGCGGCCGACCCAAACUGUCCAGGAAGUGGUACCGCAUCCUGAAGCAGGAGCGUCCGGAUCUGGCGGCGCUGGCUGAUAAGGUCGACCUGCAGGAGUCGACCGGCAUCGCGUCGGACAGCUCCAGUGACUCUUCGUCCUCGUCCUCGUCCAGCUCCUCCGACUCCAACUCUGACGGGGAGUCGGGCUCCGAGGGCGACGCCGUGUCCCACCGCAGGAAGAAGAGGCGGACCUGCGGGGCAGCGGCCAAUGGCGACUCCACCAGCCAGGACGACUGCGCCAGCAAGGAGCGCUGCUCGUCCCGGUGACCCCUGGGGUUGUGACCCCUGGGGUUGUGACCCCUGGGGUUGUGACCUACUGCCUUUAACUGUUAAACCCGUUUGAUGAGGCGUUGAGGUGCUUCUGUAGACUAAAGGUCCAGGACGGAUGCUGCUGUGGUGAACUCUGACCUUUCUGGACUAAACUGAGGCCUUCUUCACCUGAACGCUGCAGCCGACCCUCGGCUUCUGGGACUCCAGUUGUGCCAAAAACAGGAAGUGAUGUCAUGUGGUUUCCUGGUUCUUAUGAAACUCUUUUAGCGUUGUCUGACCGGCGGAUUUGUCUUCUGGGCCUUAAAAUAAAGAAUUUCAGAGGAAAAGUUCUGCUGUCGGUGUG